GCCCCUCGACACCAACCGACACUCAACUAUCCCCAGUUCGCAGGAAGUGCAGUCCGCCUAAUUUCCAGCAUUCAAGAUGGCCCGUCGUCCCGCGAGAUGUUACCGUUACUGCAAGAACAAGCCCUACCCUAAGUCCCGGUUCAACCGUGGUGUUCCCGAUGCUAAGAUUCGCAUCUUCGAUCUCGGUCGUAAGAAGGCCAACGUGGACGACUUCCCUACCUGUGUCCACCUUGUCUCCAACGAGUACGAGCAGCUGUCUUCCGAGGCUCUCGAGGCCGCCCGUAUUUGUGCCAACAAGUACCUCGUGAAGAUCGCUGGUAAGGAAGGUUUCCACCUGCGUGUCCGUGUCCACCCCUUCCACGUCGUCCGUAUCAACAAGAUGUUGUCGUGCGCUGGUGCCGAUCGUCUGCAGACCGGUAUGCGUGGUGCCUUCGGUAAGCCCCAGGGUGUUGUCGCCCGUGUGAACAUCGGCCAGGUCAUUCUGUCCGUCCGCACCCGUGACUCCAACCAGGCCACCGCCAUCGAGGCCCUCCGCCGUUCCAUGUACAAGUUCCCCGGUCGCCAAAAGAUCAUUGUCUCCAAGAACUGGGGUUUCACCCCCGUUCGUCGCGAGCAGUACGUCGAGAUGCGCGAUGCCGGCAAGCUCAAGCAGGAUGGUGCCUACGUCCAGUUCCUGACUGGCCACGGCAAGAUCGAGGACAACAUGCGCCGCUUCCCCUCUGCUUUCGCUGCUGAGGCUUAGAUGGUUAUUGGUUGAUUCAGAAUACGAAUUCAAGAACGAAAAAAUUAUUUCCGGACCUUAUAACCUUCUUCCUGUUCUUCCUGUCUACCACCUACCUUGAUAUCUCGUGUCUCAAUCGCAAUGGAGUUUUCCAUGGGUCAUCUUGAUCUGCUUCAUUUUUUUGUGUAGCUCUCUUCUUGAACGUAAUACGGAACAUCCAGGCCAUCCGCUUCCCCUUCAUGG